CUCCUUUAAUUACCAAAUACUACGUGCUUUAGUCGCUUAGAUGAUAUAUAUAGAUUUUUUUUAAUAAUUGCAUGCUCGUUGAUUCGUAUCGAGGAAAUGUAUCAUCAUCAUCCUGGACUUUGGUUCCGACCUAGCAUCAGGACACUAGACAGCGCCCAGCAUCUGGACCCACGCAGACCAUGGGUGUUUUUAACGUGUGAUACGUGUUUUUAUGAUAACCGCUUUAGACUAGCCACUCAGAAAAAAACAGAACUGGCUGCAUCAUGGUCAACCUCUGCUGUCUUUGCUGCGGUGAAAUCCCUCAACCCCGCCCCCCUCCGUCCGUCCAGUCGGGACCACCGUGGGAACCCCGCUCCUCUGUGCAGCAUCAGGACCAGCAGCAGCAGCAGCAGCAUCCUGGCUCCAGCCCAGACGCUCUGGGGCUGAAGGGGGCACAAAAAAGGGGGGUGCAAACUCAAAGGUAUGCAGAGCGGAGAAAGUGAAUCCAACUCACUGACUUCAGACUGGUUUCUCUCUGACAUGCGAAAAGUGCAGAAUGUUAUCCACCGACCCGGACUCUGCGGAAGACGCCGCGGCCAGCGCUCCUAAUGAUGCUGAGGGAGAGGAGCAGGAGGAGGAGGAAGACUCUCCAGCUGCAAGUGAUGACCUGGAGGAGCAGCGUCCAGUGAAGCAGUCCCUGGGUGCUUGUGUUUGCCGGGAGUCCCAUUGGCGCUGCCUGCUCCUGUCUCUGCUUAUGUACAGCUGCCUGGGUGCGGUAGCCUGGUGCCAGCUCACCCGGGUCACCAAGAUCAGCUUCAACUCGGCCUUCACCUCCUCCUUCACCGCCUCCCUUACGUCAUCUCUCCGGGGAGCGUCUGGGGUGGGCGUCGGAGGACACUCCAUGAUAUAUCACGACAGCCCCUGCUCCGACGGCUACAUCUACAUCCCUCUGGCCUUCCUCUUAAUGCUCUAUGUGUUGUAUAUGGUGGAGUGCUGGCACUGCAGAGCCAGGAGUGAGCUGCAGUGCAAAGCAGACGUCGACAGCGUGUAUGAGCGUGUGCUGAGGAUGCGCCAGGCCCAGCCGUGCAUUUGGUGGAAGGCCAUCAGCUACCACUUCGUUCGUCGGACACGGCAGGUCACGCGGUAUCGUAACGGCGACGCUUACACCACUACGCAGGUGUACCAUGAGAGAGUGAACACACAUGUAGCUGAGGGGGAGUUUGACUUCAGCCACUGUGGGAUGAAAGACGUGUCCCGUGAUCUUAGAGGUUUGGAGGGGCAUCCGGCAACACGGCUACGCUUCACCAAGUGUUUCAGCUUCACAGAGGCCGGUCCUGAAAAUGACUACCUGAACCAGAGAGCCAGGUUCUUCUCUGAAAUAGAGGGUUUGGAUGAUUACAUGGAAGCCAGAGAGGGGAUGCAGCUAAAGAAUGUGGAGUUUAGAGAGAACCUGAUAGCCUAUGUAGACCCAGAUAAAAUGCCCUGGUACAGUUCCCAGGUAGCAUUCUGGCUGGCAGCUCUCCUCAUGCUGUCCUGGCCUCUGCGAGUGCUGAUAGAGUACCGCACUGCAUAUGUACACUAUCGAAUAGAGAAACUGUUUGGUUUAGAGUACACUCCCUCUCCCCUGGAUGAAGACAGGCCUGUAGGGACGAGUAAUGGGUGUGUUAUUCCAAGAGUAGACACAUUGGACAGCACUGAAAUGGAGUGGCACAUACGCUGUAACAGACAAGUGAUUCCCAGCUACUCAGAGGCGAUGCUGAUCAACAUGAGCACAGCGGACUCAAACUCUAUACAAGACACUGAAUACACCGCUUCAUCUAACUGCCUUCUCCUGGACAGAAGCCAGACUGCUCAGAGUUACGGCACUCUGCAAAUCCAGGACGACUGCGAGCAAUGCAACGAGCUGAACGGGCAAGGAGACGAAGGAGGAAGACGGAGGACCAUCACCAGCUCCAGUUGUUCGUCCAUCUUCUCCUGCCGUGGGACUCUCUUCCAGUCCCAUCUCUCCUCAGACACUUCCCGGUUCUCUUUGUGCCGGAUGUACGGCUCCCAUCGCACCGUGGCCCUGUGGAGGAGCCGCAGCAGCAACCUGACGGACCCCUGCUGCGUGGAUGAGCAGUGCUGCCGGUCCGACUCCAGCCAACUGGCCCUCAGCGACAGCCCGCCAACUUACAGGGACGCACGCUUCUUCCCAGUUCUCAUCGUGCAUCGGUCUGAGGGCUGUGGUGGCGAGGAAGGGAGGGAAGUGAGGCGGUAUUAUAUACGCAGAGGAUCAUGUGUGGAAACUCCUCUGUGAAGAACAAAAACAGAUUGACAAUGGUAGCCUCUUAAACCCAGUUGCCCCAAGUACUGGAGGCAGCCACAGUUCCAUCUGUGUUGCCAUGGUAAUGCUAUUGUAGCAACAUACACAUUCUAUGCAUCCAUGUGACUAGAGGAACGUCAGCUAAAAACUCAACAAAAACAAUUGUCAGACAACAGAACACAAUCCAAACAAUAAACACUUAAAUGGGCAAAUAUCUGAAACAAGCUAACAAUUUGAGGACAGAGUGCGUUGUGAUUAAUUUACUAAAACAACAAACCAAUCAAACAAACUUUGCAGCACUAAGCUAACA